AUGGCGACCGCGGCGACGUCCGUCGCGCUCGUCGCUUCUUCGACGCGACGAGCGCGUCGUCCGCGAUGGACCUCGUGUCCGACGCGGUGCGGCGCGAGCCCGUUCGGGGGCGGCGAGAUCCCCCCCGCUGGAGGUAGCGCGUUCGGGAGCGCGACGACGAAGACGUCCGGCUCCGCGAGUCCCUUCGGCGGCGCGGGAUCGUCCUCCGCGACCGAUCCGUUCGAGACGGGUGCGCGGCGUCGCCCUCUUUCCUCCGUCUCCGUCUCCUCGAACGAUACCGCGCGUCGCGCCGACGUCGACGCCGCUCUUAUCCAACAACCAUCGUUCACGCUCGCAGGGACGCGCGAUCGGAAACCGACGAACGAAACUUCGUCGCCGGCGCAGCCGUCUUCGUCGUCGUCGUCGUCGUCCACCUCGGUAUCCUACCGCGCGUGGGACGACGUCGAGGUGUACGAAGUCCCGGACGACCUCCGACGCGCCGGGUCCUCGCGCGUGGAAGAGCACGUGACGUUCUACGGCCUGGACGAACUCUUCCCGGGGAGCGGGUUGGGCGAGACGUUCAACGCGUCCGCGGCGUUUCGAACGGCGAUUCGAGCGGCGAUGCGCGAGGACAUGUUCGUUCCGGACCCGAGCAAGAGCGAUAAAAUAAACACGGCGAUAUCGUCGCUAGGGUGCUCGGUCAUGGUGAACUGGAAGCGGUCGAAGAGCGGGUACGCGGCGCUGACGAAGGUGUUCGAAUCGAACGGCGUCCGCGGCGUCACCGGCGAGGCGUUCAUCCUCGCGCUCGGCGGUCUCUGCGGGACGGAGUCGCACGGGUCGUUGAUCGACAUCACCGGGACGGGGCGAAGAAAAGAGCGGCACUCGUGGCACCAGGACUCCGGUUUAGAUCGACGCACGGUCAUGCUCGGGUUCCCCCCGAGCGACGGCUUCGACGGCGUCGGCGUGUUCUCGCACGCCGCCAAACUGUCGCACCCGCUGCGUCGCGCCGACGGCGACGACGCGGAGGGCGCCGUGAUCCAAUGGGAAGACUUCGACGCGGGGGAGCUCCCCGUGGAAGUGAUCGGACGGCCGGAGUAUCGACCAGGGCACGAGGUGAUGGUGUACUGCGACGCGACGCACGUUCACAGCGCGCCGGACGAGACGAACCGGGAGAGCGUUUGGAGAUUUAUGUGAGCGUCAGCCGAGAGAGGCGACUGUAAAGCGCAGCAGAGGUCGCGAAAAUAAUCGAGAAAUUCAGUCCGAAAUCAAAAAAGGAUAACUCAGAAA